AUGCCGGUGACUGCACAAUCGUGUAGCAACGAUGGCCAAGUCGCAAACUUUGCGGCAUUCCAAUCUUUGCUUGGCAAUCCCGCCAUGACCACGAUCUGCCUCGACGAGCAGUCAUACGCGUUCACCUCCGUUUUGACAAUCACCCGAAGCGUGAGCAUUGUCGGCUUCAAGACGAACUUCACUUUGGGCUCGACAACUCGCUUUUUCAAUAUUGACGGCAACGUGCCGCUCGUCAACAUUUCCGGUAUUGCAUUUAUUGCUACAAGCAGCUCAACCACCGCAAGUGGUGGCUCAAUCCUGGUCGGUACAAACACGCGUCUUGUCCUGGCGAACUUGUCCUUUGCCAAGUCGUCCGCGAAAACUGGCGGCGCGCUCUAUCUUGGCAGCGGGUCGCAGGUCGAAGGAACGAGCCUCUCCUUUUCUGGAUGCGGCUUUACCUCCACUGCCAGUAGUGCAACGGGUGGCGCGGUAGUCUACUUGAACGCAACAUCGUACUUUUCCUGCACCGCUUGCACGUUCAAGGACAGCGCGAUCGCCACCUACAGUCAAGGGGGUGUAUUUUUUAUUGGCGAAAGAGCCACUGUGCGCGUCUACAGCUCGACAUUCAGCAACAAUUUUGGCGGAAUUGCUGGAGUUGCCGCGAUGGACGACUACGCUGCGCUCGAGGCUUUCGGCUCGAACUUUACCGGGAACGACGCCGGUGACGGCACUUCUUCUGACGGUAGCGGAGGUGUUGUUUAUGCUCAAGAUUUUGUCAGCAUUUGGUUUCAAGACUGCACGGUUUCCGCAAACGCAGCUCAGGAAGGCUCAGGCGGUGUCAUUUUCGCAGGAGCCAGCGCCAACAUUACUUUGCUGCGGUCUACCUUCACGUCCAACACCGCUGCUACAGACGGCGGUGUCAUCCGCACCGGUGUGAGUGCUCAAAUUGCGGUCGUCUCAAGCACCUUCUCUCAAAACGCUGCCUCAAGUGGCGCCGGCGGUGUUUUCGCGCUGGAAGGAGCCAGCUCAACCGUCACGGCUACGGAUAGCCUGUUCAACGGCAAUCAAGCGAUCAGCGGCGGUGUUCUGGACAUGAUUUCGAGCAAUACUCUGCGCGCAUCCUUCUUUCGAUGCAACUUCACUUCGAAUAAGGUUGCAGCCAGCUCCGGCACGGAUUUAGGAGGAGGCGUCUUUCGCGUUCGAAACAACCAGCUUGUUCUUGUCGAUUCCUCGUUCACAAACAAUGUUCGUUCAUCGGUUUCUAGCCUUUACGAGGUUGGCAUGAUCGAAGUGGAUGCCGCCGGCAAAGUGGCUGUGGUCUCCAGCCAGCUGUCCGGCAACUCCAACACGAGGCAAUACGAUGCGCUCUUGACGGGAGCCAGUGCAACAAUGCUGACCUUCCAAGCCACUCUGACGAAAACAGCAGACGGUACAGCUGUGAACGAGCCCAAUCUCGCCGCCUUUUGCAUCGACUGCAAGGCCAUCGCCAACUUCCUCUGCAGUGCCGUGCCAGCGUGCGCCUAUCUCUCCUCCUCGCGCAUUGUCACGCCGUCCUCGUUGCUCGCACCGUCAUCGUCCACGACGUCAUCCGUCAGUUUGACCCUUUCAAGCACGCCAACAUCGGAGAUGACGACGACGAUGCUAUCGAGCUCCACUCCUGACCCGACCACACCAGCCACUUCUGGCCCGACCGAACUCUCGACACCACCACCAUCUUCGCCCCUAUCGAGCGCGACACCAUCUUCUCAGACGCCGCUAUCGAGCUCGGCAACACCCGCCAAUUCUGACCCGAAAGGAUCGUCCUCGUCGGACACUACACCCAUCGUGGCGGCGGUUGCUGCCGCCGUUUGCGCCGUGGUUGUUGCAUGCCUCGUCCUGAUUCUGAUCCUCCGGCGGCGCCGCAACAACGCUGCUGCCAAGCGUCGCGUUUCUCGGGACUCCAACAGCGUACCCGUUUCCACAAAUGCCCUUGUUGGCGAGUUUGAGAGGAAGGCCUCGUACACGGCAGCGGUGCGUGAGGUGCCGAAUCCCGUCUACGAUUCUCUCGGGCAGUCCUCCUCGACGUACGAUGACCCCAACAACCCAACGUAUGCGGGACUCGAUGCAACAUAUGCAGGUCUCAAUCCGACGUAUGCGGGGCUCGAUCCGACGUACGAGCAGUUUGGACGCAAGUCGGCGUACGAUGAUAUCAAACGGGCCCCCCAAUCCUCCGAUGCCACCCAGUACGCAGCAGUCGUACAACACCAACACAACGGCUCUAGGAUGAGCGGCAGCAUAGAAUCCGAGUAUCACGUGCCCCGCGAGUUGGCUUCUCCGACCUAUGCUGCUCUGGAUUUGUAA